UGAAUCAGUAGGUCAAGGAUGAAGAUACAGUGUGCUGCGUUCUCUGUCAGAAUAUGAAGAAAGUGAGUGAAGCCAGACUGGUCGGUGUCAGGGAUGAAGCCUUCUGAUUACGGAAAUAGUCCCGUGGACGGCGGAAAGAUGGCGUCUGGCCAUGUGAGAGAGGAACGGCACGAAUGGGGUCGGCCGUGUUUCCCCAUGUUCGCUCUAAUCGAAAAAUGGCCUGGCACCUGGAAACGCGGGGGAGAAGAUUGGUGGAGGCCGAGUUACCUCGGUACGUCCCCACUGUCCCAAGGUACCGAUCGGGGGGGCUGAGCAGCCGUCGUCCUUUGACCGGCCAGACCGAGUCAGCCAAACUGCCGUCAGAAUCACCACUCUGUCCCUUUUUAUUAUCACGUCUGCAAUCUACACCAUCUAGACUAGAAGCUUUAGAAGUUUGUUUUCUCCUUUUUCACUGUUGCCUCGUUCUUGUUGUCGCCCUGAUCCCGCAACCUGUCUCUUCACGUAACACAACAGUUUGUACCGAAAUCGAAUCGAAUCGAAUAGAGAAAGAAAACGCUCCGAUUGCCCAACAUGCCUUUCGACACUGAGCUGACCCGACGGUUGGGUAUCAAAGUACCCAUCGUCCAGGGCGGCAUGCAGCACGUAGGCACAGCCGACCUCGCCUCGGCCGUCUCCAACGCGGGCGCGCUGGGUAUCAUCACCGCCCUCAUCUUCCCGACCCCCGAGGAGCUGCGCAAGGAGAUCCAGCGCUGCAAGACCCUGACAAAGUACCCCUUUGCCGUCAACAUCACCCUCCUUCCGGCCCUCGUGCCCCCAGACUACGCCGCCUACGCUCAGGUCGUCAUCGACGAGGGCAUCAAGAUCGUCGAGACGGCCGGCAACUCGCCAGGCCCCGUGAUCAAGCAGCUCAAGGCCGCGGGCGUCACCAUCCUGCACAAGUGCACGACGAUCCGCCACGCGCAGAGCGCCGUCAAGCUCGGCGUCGACUUCCUCAGCAUCGACGGCUUCGAGUGCGCUGGCCACGUCGGCGAGUCGGACAUUACCAACUUCAUUCUCCUCUCGCGGGCGCGGCAGUCGCUGAAGGUGCCCUUCAUCGCGAGCGGCGGGUUCGCGGACGGCGAAGGGCUGGCGGCGGCGCUGUGCCUGGGCGCGGUGGGCGUCAACAUGGGCACGCGGUUCAUGUGCACGCUGGAGGCGCCGAUCCACCACAAGAUCAAGGAGGAGAUUGUCAAGGCGCAGGAGACGGACACGGCGCUGCUGCUCCGGCGGUGGAGGAACACGACGCGGUUGUACAAGAACAAGGUCACGGAGGAGGCGAUCAAGAUUGAGGAGCAGAGCACGUCGGGCGAAUUUUCCGAGAUUGCGCCGCUCGUGAGCGGGAAGAGGGGCAAAGAGGUUUUCAUCACGGGUGAUCCGGACUACGGCGUCUGGACGGCCGGACAAGUUAUUGGAUUGAUUCACGACAUCCCGUCGGUCAAGGACUUGGUUCCUAGAAUAGAGAAGGAGGCUGAGGCGGCGCUGAAGGCGAGGCUGGCGUUGAUCAAGCCGGCGGCCAAGUUGUAGAGGAAGAGGUACUAUACAGACAUCUUGUCGGAAGAGCGAGAGAGACA